GCCGUCCCUCGGUCGGUCGGGAUUUCAGAACCACGGGAGAGUCACCGGAAAGGGCUUUGGUGAUAAACCAGCGUAUUUUGGGAGAAGGUACUGCAUUAUAUGGUUACAUAAAAACGCAACGAGCUACUUUAUCCGGUAUUCAACGAUGGAAAGUGAAUUAUGAGGUGUCGUGUAGUCGCAGAGAACUGAGUGAAACAUGGCACAGUUCCCAACCACAUUCACAGGUCCAGAUGUGUUUCUGAUCUCAGUGGAUGAGAGAGCCAAACAUGACCAGCAGUUUCACAGCCUCUCUCCGACUGCUGGGGGAUACAUCACAGGUGACCAGGCGAGGAACUUUUUCCUCCAGUCAGGGCUGCCCCCGCCCAUCUUGGCCCAAAUAUGGGCUCUGGCUGAUAUGAACAGCGAUGGCCGCAUGGAUAUUCACGAGUUCUCCAUCGCCAUGAAACUCAUCAAACUGAAACUCCAGGGUCACCCUCUGCCCCCUACGCUUCCUCCCAGUAUGAAACAGCCCCCGCUGUCUUUACCCCCUCAGACUGGCUUUGGCAUGCCACCCAUGCCUCCCCUCCCAGCUUCUCUACCAGGCGUGCCCCCGCUCCCCCUGCCCCCUCUUCCCGUCGGCGUGUCGCCCCCACUCCCUCUCUCAUCUGUACCACCUGCCCUCCCGCAGCCGAUCGCCAACGGAGCUCCUCCUACAGGCAUGAUGCAACCCAUCUCAGGCUUCUCCCACCCAGCUGCUCCUUCCGUCAACAAGUCUUCUUCGUUUAAUCGUUCCAGCACCAAGUUACAGAAGGGGUCAUCGUUCGAUGCUGCCGCUAGUCAGCCUCCGUCUGAUUGGGCGGUUCCUCAGUCCUCCAGGUUGAAGUACAGACAACUGUUUAACUCCCAUGAUAAGAUGAUGAGCGGACACCUCACUGGUCCCCAAGCGCGCACCAUCCUGAUGCAGUCCAGUCUUCCUCAGGGCCAGCUGGCCACAAUCUGGAGUUUAUCAGACAUUGACCAGGAUGGAAAACUCACAGCUGAGGAGUUCAUCUUGGCUAUGCACCUCAUAGAUAUGGCUAUGUCAGGGUUACCGCUGCCCCCUGUGUUACCACCAGAUUACCUCCCGCCAACAUUCAGGCGUGUGCGAAGCGACAGUGUUCAGUCGGAUCAGAAGAGCGUCCAGGAGGAGGUGGAGGAAGAAAUCGAGAGCAGCCAAGAAAAGAAAUUACCAGUGACGUUUGAGGAUAAGAAAAGGGAAAACUUUGAGCGGGGGAACCUGGAGCUGGAGAAGAGACGUCAAGCUUUGCAGGAGCAGCAGAGGAAAGAGCAGGAGAGGCUGGCUGCUCUGGAGAGAGAGGAACAAGAAAGAAAGGAGCGUGAGCGUCUGGAACAGGAGAGGAGACGACAACAGGAACUAGAAAAACAGCUGGAGAAACAGAGAGAGCUGGAGAGACAGAGAGAGGAGGAGAGACGCAAAGAGAUAGAGAGGAGAGAGGCAGCUAAACGUGAAUUGGAGCGGCAGCGUCAGCUGGAGUGGGAGCGUCAACGCCGGCAAGAGCUUCUGACGCAAAGAAACCGAGAGCAAGAGAGCAUAGUGCUGCUCAAAGCCAGGAAGAAGACCCUGGAGUUUGAACUGGAGGCCCUGAAUGACAAGAAAUCCCAGUUGGAGGGUAAACUGAAGGAUGUUCGGUUUCGACUGUCGGCUCAGCGAAGAGAGGUGGAGCAGACCAACCAGACCAGAGAAACGCGGAUUGCUGAAAUCACACUGCUACAGCAGCAGCUUCAGGACUCCCAGCAGUGGUUAGGAAGACUAAUUCCUGAUAAACAGAGUCUGAAUGAUCAACUGAAACAGGUUCAACAGAACAGUCUUCACCGUGAUAGUCUGUCAUCCCUGCAGAAGGCCGUUGAGCAGAAGGAGACGAGCAGGCAGCAGCUUAGAGAGCAGCUUGAUGCUGUCGAAAGAGAGACGAGGGCCAAGCUGCUGGAAAUAGACGCGUUCAACACCCAACUGAAGUCUCUGUGUGAGUUCUAUGCCAACCACUGUGCCAGGAUAGAGGCCCUGCGACGCCAGCUUCAGGAGGAACAGAGAGGGAGACAGGAGCUGAGGGAGAUCCAUAGCCGGCAGCAGCGACAGAAACAGAAGGAGCUGGAGGGAGACACACACACACUGACACACACACACUCUCACAUGCACACCCCGAGCGAGAGAAAGUCCGCUGAGCUGCAGGAGAGCAGGUUGUCAUCGGAAGAAGGCGUCUCCUGGAGGGAUGAAGCAGGAAGCUCUGCUCCUAAACCCCCUAGCCCCCCAUCCCUCUCCGCACCCCACGCCUGGCUAAACAGAGUGACUCAGGAAGAGGAGGAGAGGAAGAGGAGAGCGAUGGAGGAGGACGAGGAGGGCAGGAAAGGAUCAGCAGAAGAGAAGGAGGAUGAAAACAGGAGCAAGAAGGAAAAGCAAGAUAAAUUAAACAAGCUGUUCAGCCAGCCAGCUGACCCCUGGGCUUCAGCAGAGAAGACUCCAGGUCCCAGCCUUUUUGAGCAGAAGGCUCCAGCCAGCGGCUUCGACCAGCAGCAGCCGCCAGUGAAGGUGGUCUACUACAGGGCUCUGUACCCAUUUGACGCCCGUAGCCAUGAUGAGAUCAGUAUCACUCCUGGAGACAUAAUCAUGGUGAAGGGGGAAUGGGUGGAUGAGUCCCAGACAGGUGAGCCCGGUUGGCUGGGAGGUGAGCUCAGGGGGCGGACUGGCUGGUUUCCGGCCAAUUACGCCGAGCGGAUACCUGACAGCGAAGCGCCGAUCAGCCUGCGCUCCUCAGCCUCAGCCACGCCCACCUCUGCCCAGCAGCCAAUGACCACACCUCCUCCAGCGCCUGGACAAGCCUCCUCCUCCACGUCAUCUGCCAACAGUAACUGGGCUGACUUCAGCACCACUUGGCCCUCAAACACGGCCAGCCAAUCAGACAGCGAGGGAUGGGAUGCAUGGCCGACCUCUUCAUCUAACCAGAACCCUUCUUUGAGUGUUCCUUCAGCACAGCUACGGCAGCGCUCUGCCUUUACACCCGCCACUAUGACCACGGGUUCCUCUCCUUCUCCUGUACUGGGACAGGGAGAGAAGGUCGAAGGUCUUCAGGCUCAGGCUUUGUAUCCCUGGAGAGCCAAGAAGGACAACCAUCUCAACUUCAACAAAAACGAGAUAAUCACGGUGUUGGAGCAGCAGGACAUGUGGUGGUUAGGUGAACUUCAGACUGGACAAAGAGGCUGGUUUCCCAAAAGUUACGUCAAGCUCAUCUCUGCCACAAUGACGGCCCCCGCUGGCGUGGCAGCACGCAGCAAAAACACUAGUGAAGCUGGAGUAUCGGAGAGCCCACCCAAUGGGAAACGACCCUCCCCCUCCCCAACAAAGCCCUCUGAGUCUGGAGAAGAAUAUGUGGCCAUGUACACCUAUGAGAGCAAUGAACAGGGGGACCUGAGUUUCCAGCAAGGAGACAUUGUCAUGGUGACCAGGAAAGAAGGCGACUGGUGGACAGGCAUGGUCGGGGGAAAGACUGGAGUCUUCCCAUCCAACUAUGUCAAACCACGGGACUCAGCAUCAGAGUCUCUGGGACCAGCAGGGAAGACAGGUAGCCUUGGGAAGAAACCUGAGAUCGCUCAGGUGAUCGCCCCCUACAGUGCUACAGGAGCAGAGCAGCUGACGUUAGCUCCAGGACAGCUUAUCCUCAUCAGGAAAAAGAACCCGGGCGGCUGGUGGGAGGGCGAGCUUCAGGCUCGGGGGAAGAAGCGUCAGAUCGGUUGGUUUCCAGCUAAUUAUGUGAAGUUGCUCAGUCCCAGCACCAGUAAGACGACGCCCACGGAGCCCACCCCUCCUAAACUGACUCCUGUGAGCACAGCCGAAAACGCUAACGCUGCGUCCGUCUUCUUGGUCUCUGGUCCCGAAGCUCUGUGCCAGGUGAUCGGCAUGUACGACUACGUGGCGCAGAACGACGACGAACUGGCCUUUCAGAAAGGCCAGGUGAUCACGGUGCUCAACAAAGACGACUGUGACUGGUGGAAGGGAGAGCUCAACGGGAGGGAGGGUCUGUUCCCUAGCAACUACGUCAAGCUCACCACAGAUACCGACCCGAGCACGCAGUGGUGCGCUGACCUCCAUCUGCUCGACAUGCUGAGUCCGAUGGAGAGGAAGAGGCAGGGCUACAUCCACGAACUGAUCGUCACGGAGGAGAACUACGUCAACGACCUGCAGCUCGUCACAGAGAUCUUCCACAAACCUCUGCUGGAGUGCGAGCUGCUGACGGAGAAGGAAGUGGCCAUGAUCUUCGUGAACUGGAAGGAGCUCAUCAUGUGCAACAUCAAGCUGCUGAAGGCUCUGAGAGUGAGGAAGAAGAUGUCAGGUGAUCGGAUGCCGGUGAAGAUGAUCGGUGACAUCCUGACCAACCAGCUUCCUCACAUGCAGCCAUACAUCAGAUUCUGUUCAUGUCAGCUGAACGGAGCGACGCUGAUCCAACAGAAGACAGACGACAACCCUGAGAUCAAAGACUUCCUCAAGAGGUUAGCCAUGGACCCCAGGUGCAAGGGAAUGCCUCUGUCCAGUUUCCUGCUCAAACCCAUGCAGAGAGUCACGCGCUACCCACUCAUCAUCAAAAACAUAUUAGAAAACACUCCCGAGUCACAUCCAGACCACAGCCAUCUGAAAGCUGCUCUGGAGAAAGCAGAGGAGCUGUGCUCACAGGUGAACGAGGGCGUCAGAGAGAAGGAGAACUCGGAUCGGCUGGAGUGGAUUCAGGCCCAUGUUCAGUGUGAAGGCCUGACGGAGCAACUGGUGUUCAACUCUGUCACUAAUUGCCUGGGCCCCAGGAAGUUCCUCCAUAGCGGGAAACUGUUUAAAGCCAAAAGCAGUAAAGAGCUAUACGGCUUCCUGUUCAACGACUUCCUGCUGCUGACACAGGUGACGAAACCUCUGGGCUCGUCUGGCUCGGACAAAGUGUUCUCCUCCAAAACACACCUGCAAUACCGCAUGUACAAGACGCCAAUCUUUCUAAAUGAGGUGUUAGUGAAGCUGCCGACAGACCCGUCAGGAGAUGAGCCUCUGUUCCACAUCUCACACAUAGACAGAGUUUACACGCUCAGAGCUGAAAGUAUCAAUGAAAGGACGGCGUGGGUUCAGAAAAUCAAGGCGGCUUCGGAGCUCUUCAUUGAGACGGAGAAGAAGAAGAGGGAGAAGGCAUAUCUCGUGCGUUCUCAGAGGGCCACAGGCAUCGGUAGACUGAUGGUCAACAUCGUGGAGGGAAUUGAGCUCAAACCAUGCCGCUCUCAUGUAUCCGUGUCUGUAUUUCCAGGAAAGAGUAACCCAUACUGUGAGGUGACCAUGGGUUCCCAGUGCCAUAUCACGAAAACAUUGCAGGACACGUUGAAUCCUAAGUGGAACUCCAACUGUCAGUUUUUUAUAAAGGACCUGGAGCAGGACGUCCUCUGUGUCACCGUGUUUGAACGAGACCAGUUCUCACCUGACGACUUCCUGGGCAGGACAGAGAUCCGGCUGGCUGAAAUAAAGAAGGACCAGGGCUCUAAAGGACCAAUCACAAAGAGGCUGCUGCUCCACGAGGUUCCCACGGGAGAAAUUGUCGUCAGGCUGGACCUCCAGCUGUUUGAGGAACCGUGAGACCUGGGCAGGAUUAGAACUAAUCGAUUUAAAUUGGACUGGACAGUUGGGCUGGAUUAGACUAGACAGGAAGACUGGACUGGUCUCCCAUUUCUCAGUGCAUACAUACAAGCUGUGUUUAAUCACGUUAAACAACAAAAUUAUCUAGAUGAACUGGUGGCUUGGUAGCCUUCACUUGUCACAGAUUACCUCCUCUUUGGUUACAUUUGGCAGGACCAAGGUCAGGACAUUGAGUCAGUUUAUUUAUAGUUUCAGUCACACAAGAGGAUCUGCAGUAUAAGGAAAUGUGCACCUCCAAAGUACAAUAUCAGCUGAUUCCUCUAUUAUGACAUAAUCGUUUAGCCCCAUUUGUUGAAGAGGACACAAAUACUUUCAGAUGCAGUUCUAGCAAAUUUGCACAGGCAUCUGAGUCUUUACAAUGAAACGGUAAAUAAAAUAGUCAUUGUCUCAUUUUAGUUUUCAGAGAUUAAUAUUCCAUGAAUUGACAACUGGGCUCUCUGACAGUCUUAAUAAAUCAAUAUGUCUCUACUUAACACAAGUUAACAGCCGAGUGUGGCCGACUCACGUUGUCAUGAGUUGACUUGUUGAAGGGGUGAUUGUCAUUGUUGUGACAUUGUUCUGUUAAAAAGUAGCCCAUUGAAACAAAUGUUUGACGUCUAACUACGUCAUUGGAGGCCAACUCGAUUUAGAUUUGUAAUGCACCAAGCGUGGCCAUUUUCUUGUCUACCAGUGCAGCUGUAGCUCAGUGUUGUUGGAUGUCACCAUCUCUUUAAAGAUUAACUCGUGGACCAUGUCAAAGUCAAAGCCGGCUCAUCUUCAUUACACAGCAUCAAGAGUCUGUAGCUUCAUAUCUUCAGUGGAAACUGGUGGACUGUUAACCUGAUGCAUUUCUGCCGGUGGUGUGAGAGCAGCUGUAUACUCCUUAUUUAAUAUCAUCACUAAUGUCUUACAUAUAGUUUCAUGUCUUAGAUCUGGUGCAUUCCAGUUGUAAAACAUACUGAUCGAACAGAUGCUCACCAUGAGGAGGUGUUCGUUCACCAGGCACGAAUCAUGUGGCACUAUCAGGAAAAUGAGAACCAAAAUCAGUCCAGUCUGCUUGUGUCCUCCAUCGGUCUGAUCCAGCCUCUAAGAUCAUCCAGGUCUUUGCUAUUUUCUUUCCUUCUGCUUCAUCAGACACUCCAGUGACAAUCCCAGCCCUCCUACUUUAACCCAAGCAAACCCAGACCUGUGUGUAGGUGUGUGUGAGGUUGAUUGUCGGUGUGAAUGAGCGCGUACGUGUGUCAAGGUGGACAGGCUAAUUAAAGGCACGGUUCAGUCAACGUUUUAUUCUUAAGUCUCUCUCCAGGCUUAUAGUUUUGAGGUACUGCAUGUUAGGGACCUUGACAUUGUGAAUUUAUUUAGUUGCUUUUUCUCUUUAGUUCUGCUCACUGAACACUUGCCACAUUCCCUCAGAGAGUACAGAUGCAUAUGUACAGAUUUAAGGAGAAGUGCUAACAAUGCUAAUAAGCUGAGAAUAUUCAUAGAUAUUACUCCCUGUUAAAUGACAAGUGUCCGGUGUGAAUCAAUUUCAGACAAAUGUCAAGAUGUCCCUUUCACAUGCAUUAAUUAUAAUAAUAUGGCUGAAAUACAGUCACCCAGGGAACAGGUGUGACAGAUUUAAAACGGAGGUACUGUAAAGAAGAAUGUCUUAACUUUUCUGUGUUUUGUUUUUAUUAUUAUUAUUUUUUUAUGUUGGAUGCACACAGGGGUGAUUUCUGUCACACGUCUGAACUCUGAUGUAACGUUGCUGCUGUGUUGAGCUGUCACAGUGGCCGUCACUAUGCAGGGAAAAGGAAAAUGAAUUCCAGGGCCCGCUGCUGGACUGGGACCCUCACACAGGCUCAUGUGGUACUGCUUAAAAGUAUUUUAUAGGAACCAUCUCCACACUUUAACCCCCGGGGGAGCAACUUUACUCUGCGUCGGCACUCCCAGCACUUUCAAAACAGACACUGUCGCUGAUGUGAGAGCAGAACAGGACACGGCUGAUUUAUAUCAUUGUACAGCAGCCAUUUAGAGUACUCAGAGUAGGAAGGUUUACCUGGAAGUUAAAAACCAACAGUCCUUUCAACAUGGGCAGCGUAGCUAUUAGAAAAUGCACCUCAGUUACGAGGUAAUAAUGCAUUUGUGUCAGAGUGUUUUAUUCUUUUUGUUGUUGUUGGAUUAAUCCAGAGUCAAAAUAAACUUGCCACUAAGUGCAAAAGUGGCUACGUUUACAUGGACAGUAUUUCUUCAUUCUGAUUGAAUUCAUUGUGAUCAGUAACAUCCCCCCAAACAUUGGCCACUAUAGAUCUUUAUUGACAAUGUUCUUGUGCUGCUGUGAAGCAUCAAAUCUUCCAGAAAUAGUAAAGAAACAGAAAAUCUGGAAUUAGUUGUCAACUUUACUGACAGCACUGAAUUCAUUCAAUAGAAGAUGACCAAGAUGUUUGUGUUUUUAGCCUUACUUGAACAACCAUUUUUUUUUUUUUUUUUUUGUGCUACUUCCAUGUCCCUGUCCCUGUUUGCCGCACAUGGAGCAAACAUGCUCCAACAAAAUGAAUUUAUUCCAACCAGAGAGAAGUGAUUAGAUCAAGUCAGCAUCGGCAUUUUGUGAGCCAUGAUGACUCACAAUGUGUGAAAAGUUUUAAAACUGGUGCAAUGUUUCAGAGGAGGUCAAAUAGUUUAAAGAGGGAUUUAACAGACAGUUUGGCACAUCAUGGAAUUAGCCUCCUUGUUCUUUUACAGAAAAAAAGACGACAUGUGGUUUUUCUUAUUGGUUCACUGGUUUAAGUACAACUGAGCAUAUCAUGAAGUCAGUUUUCCAUGUUGAAAACUCAGGAGCUUCUUUAAAGGCAGCAUUAACCUUCCACGUACACCUGGCCCGCCUGAGUAUUCAAAUAGCCGCCGUUAUCAGUCACCAGGGCAGAUCACACUCCCAACUGGGUCACCCAGCAAGGUUGUAGAUACAUUAGUUAGCUAGCUCCUCGGCCGAUUAGUAAAUCCAGGUAGUCGUUUUAACUUAACGCCACAGUUACACUGAGACAACAGUUACCUUAGUGACCAGCCACUGUCCAAUCAGAAGUCAGCAAGGCUCAGCAGCUUGACUCUAGAGGAAGGUGUGAAUGAAUGUUGGUGUUUCCCCAGACCGAAACUAAUGAAGAUGAUGAUAAUGAUGAAAAAUGAGGAUGAUGAUGAAGUUGUCUUACAUCCCUCUGUACUGUUAACCCAGUUCUCUCCACACUGUACUGAAAUUAAACCGGUAUGAACCCAUUCUUACUGUCUACCUUCCAGGUUGUGUAUAAUACUGCUGUUAUCUGAGAGUUAAUAUAUGAGUGCUAAGGAGGGGGGAGGGGAAGGGGGGGAUAAAGGCAGCCUGCUGUUAAUUAUCACUGUAGAAGAUGAUGUACGUUGUUGUCUUUCAAUGUUCA